AUGCCGGGUGAUGGGAGCAGCUGGAUGACAGAGCUGGUCAAUACAGCAGGAGGAGCAGGGACAUGCAUCCAGUGGAAUAACAACUUCACACUGAAGUUGCAUAAGUUGCAACAAUAUGCAACUUCAGUGAAGAAUGGGGUAGAUCUAUAUGCUGAUACACUGGAGAUUGCCAUGGACACCAUGAUUGGAAUCUUCCGCUACUCCUGCAAGGAAGGGAACAGGUUCAAGAUCAACAAGGGGGAGCUGAAAAUGCUCCUGCAGCGACACCUCACAGAAUUCUUCUCGUGUCAAAAGGAUCCUGAGUUGGUUGAUAAGAUAAUGUAGGACCUGGAUGCCAAUAAGGACAACAAAGUGGAUUUUAAUGAAUUCGUGGUCACGGUGGCAGCUCUGACCAUUGCUUGUAAUGAUUACUUUGUAGAACAAUUGAAGAAGAAAGGAAAGACAAGUAGUAAGCUAAUCUAA